AUGACGGGCGAGGAGUGCGGGUUCUGUGACGGUCUCAGCAGUGACGUCAGUCGACGUCACCCCAUCACCAACAUCAUUGACGGCACGGACGCCUGGUGGCAGGGCCCGACCCUGGAGCGGGGCCUGGACAGCCAGUGGAUCACCAUCGAGAUGGACCUCAGACAGGAGUUUGAGGUGGCGUACGUGAUCCUGAAGACAGCCGUGUCGCCGGCGCCCGGCUCCUGGGUGUUGGAGCGCUCCCUCACCGGCACCGACUAUCAGCCGUGGCAGUAUUUCGCCGCCAGCGACGCCGCCUGCCGCGAACACUUUGGUCUGGAGCCGACACCGGGGAAGCCAAAGUACCGCUCGGCCUCAGAGGUGAUCUGCACCAGCUACUUCUCCAAACUGAACCCGCUGAUGAAGGCGCAGAUUUACGUGCCGCUCAUCACGGGUCGGCCCACCUCGGAGCGGCCCUCCCAGGAGCUCCUCGAGUUCGUUCGCGCCCGGUUCAUCCGGCUCCGUCUGCGCGGAGUGCUCACCCUCAACUCGCACGAGCCGGCGCUGUUCGGUAGCCGACCCGACCCGCAGCUGCUGAGGUCGUACUUUUACUCGCUGAGUGAGGUGACGGUCGGAGGUCGCUGCGUGUGCAACGGCCACGCCACACUUUGUCCAGUGGCGCCCGAGACUGGGGGAUCGUUCGCGGGUUUAAUGCGAUCAACGACCGGUCCUCUGUUGCAGGAUCAGCAAUGUGAGUGCGCUCACAAUACGUGUGGCGCUACCUGCGACCGGUGCUGCCCUCUAUACAACCAGCGCCCGUGGUCCCCGGGAGGCGGGUUCCCGGGAGCCUGUGAGAAAUGUCAGUGUCACGGCCACGCCGAGGAGUGCUACUUUGAUGACGAUGUGGCGAGGGACAAGAAGAGUAUCAACACUGAUGGGAAGUACGAGGGAGGAGGAGUCUGCCUCAACUGUCAGCAUUUCACGACGGGUACCAACUGCGAGUCGUGCCUGCCGGGCUACUACCGGCCCUCGGGUGUGUCUGCCGACGACCCUGAGCCGUGCCGGCGGUGCAGCUGCGGCGCAGAGGGCGCCACCGGCGACUGUGUGCCCGACGACAGUCGACUCAAGGAGGGACAGGUACCGGGCUCGUGCGUGUGCCGCGAGGGUUUCGCUGGCGAGCGUUGUGACCGCUGCGCCCGCGGCUACCGCGACUACCCGCGCUGUGAGCCCUGUCCCUGUGACGAGGCGGGUACCGUGGACGGCGAGUGUGACGGACAGAGCUGCCUCUGCAAGGCCAACGUGCGCGGCGCCCGUUGCGAUAGCUGCAAGCCGGGCUACUAUAACCUGCAGGCGGACAAUCCGGACGGCUGCACAGAGUGUUUCUGUUUCGGCCUGACCAGUAUCUGCAGCAGCUCCUACCUCGGCGUCGAGAACGUGACGUCGAUCGUGCCGUGGACUGUGGUGUCUCUCGACGGCUCCGUCUCCACCGAACCCUACAUGGACGGCACCACCCAGCUGGUAGCCAACGACGAGAUGGCCGCCGACAUCGGCGGCUACUACUGGCGGGCGCCGCAGGAGCUCCUAGGGCUCAGGGUGUACAGCUACGGCCAGCCAAUGGAGUUCCACACCUCCUGGGUGGUGCGGAGAGGAGACACGGCCGGAAGGCCCAUCAAGGGACCCGAUGUUAUACUGGAGGGCGACGGUCUGCGGCUCGGAUACGGCCACAACAUGCACGACGACACGGAGGCUCACAUUAGCGCGCUGCUCACCGAGAAGAACUGGUACCGAAUUUCCACCAAGGUGAACCGUAUCGCCCGCCGUCGCCGUGAAAAGUACGACCGCGGCCCGGUCAGCCGCCGUCAGCUGAUGAGGGUACUGGGGAACAUGACCCGGCUGCUGGUCCGGGCAAAGUACCACAGCGACCAGAUCGAGGGAGGCCUGCACGACUUUGUUCUGAAGAUCGCCUCGGAGAGUUCCAUCAGCUCGGAGCGCACCACCUCUGUGGAGCAAUGUGACUGUCCUCCGGGCUACGCGGGCCUCUCGUGCGAGCUGUGUGACUUCGGGUACCGUCGGCUGAACGGCACGCUGUUCAGGGGCGAGUGUGUGCCGUGCGACUGUCACGGGCACGCCGCCGACUGCGACCCCUACACCGGACAGUGUAGUGAGUGUCUGCACAACACAAUUGGGGACAAUUGUGAGCUGUGUGCCCCCGGUUACUAUGGUGAAGCCGUGCGGGGCACUGCGGACGCCUGCCGGCCGUGCGCCUGCCCCGCGGAGGCGGGGGAGGGCGGACUGACGGCCUCCUGUGUGACCGAGCCCGGAGGGGAGGACUACGUGUGCACCGCCUGUCCGCCAGGACACGAGGGCAAACACUGCGAACGGUAA